AUGGCAGAACUCCAUCACAGCCAACUAAAUCGUCCUUACGAGAACAUAGAUCGAUCACGAAACAGAAUGAACCAAGUUAAUGUUGUAUCACAUAUGAUUCAAAAUGAGGAUUUUAACACAAUUUCUCAAAUUGCGGUUGUGAAUAAUGUCGAUGUGGAUGAAACUGAAACCGAUGUGGAUGAUUUGUUAGAAGAGGAUGAGAUUGAAGAUGAAACAUUAGAUGAUAACAUUCAAGUCCCUUCAACUUACACCAAUUUAGAAGAAAUAAAUGUGAGUGCGGAUGACAAUUGGACGGUAACAGGCUCUGGGAAUAAAACUGAUUUGACUCGUGAGUUGGGAAAAGAUUCUUUCAGCGACAAGGAAGAACUUAUUAGAGCUAUCAAACUCUAUUGUAUCAAGGCACAUAAGCAUUUUAUGGUGGUGGAAUCACGCCCAGGUACUUGGUGCAUAAGAUGUACGUUGCACUCACAAUCUGGUUGUAAAUGGAAACUUCAUGCAAGUAAACAAUCAAACAGAACUUUUGAAAUUGUAAAGUAUACCGGUCCGCAUACUUGUUUACAUUAUAAGAUUACCCAAGACCAUCCAAAUCUAGAUGCAAGUUUGAUUGCUCAAGAGAUACAACGCCUAAUAAAAGAGCAACCUUCUAUUAGUAUUACUGCUUUGAGAGCCGAAAUAAUUGAUAAAUUAGGCUAUACUCCUUCAUACAAGAAGGUUUGGGUAGGAAAACAGAAGGCAAUCGAAGAAGUAUUUGGGAAUUGGGAGGAAUCUUAUAAUCUUUUACCUAAGUUUCUAUAUGCCUUACAAAGGUUUAAUCCAGCGACUAUGGUUGAAUGGUGCAUUUCAAGACAAACUGAUGUAAAUCAAGUGGAAUUUAGACGUGUUUUCUGGGAUUUUGCUCCUUCUAUCCAGGGAUUUAAGCAUUGCCGACCUGUUAUUAGCAUUGAUGGCACACAUUUGUAUGGUAAGCCUAAAGGCAAGAUGAUGAUUGCAAUGGGAGUUGAUGGUAAUAAUCAGAUAUUGCCGCUAGCAUUUGCUAUUGUUGAAACUGAAUCUUAUGCUAGCUGGAAUUGGUUUCUUGCUCAUGUCAAGAAACAUGUGGUGAAAGAUCGUGAAGGGAUAUGUGUAAUAUCCGACCGUCAUGCGGGAAUCUUAAAGGCAGUUAAUGAGCAAGGAUCACCUUGUUAUUGCUUAAGGCAUUUUAUCAACAACGGUAAUGAAAAGUUUCGCAACUCACAACUGAAAACUUUAGCUUACCGUGCUGGGACUGGGAGUCAAAAUCAAAUUCGAAAGUUCAACUCCAUUAUGGAAGAAAUUGGGAAAAUAAAUCGACAAUCUCGUCAAUGGCUUGAGAGUCAUGCACUUGAUAUAUGGACACUUGCACAUGAUGGUGGUAAGCGAUAUGGGCUGCUUACUACAAACUUGUCAGAGAUAUUCAACAGUGUACUUAAAGGUGCUCGUUUUUUACCAAUCACAGCAUGUGUUCAACUUACAUUUUAUAGAUUGGUUAACUAUUUUGAUGUAAGGCGUCCUAUGGGAUCUAGUGCUCAAGCUAACGGAGAUGUGUAUACUCCUCAUGUUGCUGCAAAACAGGCAGCUUUGAUGUCAAAAGCUAGUGCACAUUCUUUAAGAUCAUUUAACCUACAAAAAGGAAUAUUUGAGGUGAUAACUCAAAAGGGAAAAAAUGUUCAAAUAGUUAAUUUGGAACAAAAAACUUGCACAUGUGGUAAGUGGGAGAUAUUCAAGUAUCCAUGUUCUCAUGUUUUGAGUGCAUGUGCCAAUCUUUCUUUAAACACUUGGCAAUAUGUUCAUAAAUGCUACUCAAUUGUUGAUUAUUGUGCUACUUGGUCGUAUGAGUUUUCGCCACUCCCUCAUGAAGCAUAUUAG